ACCGCUUCCGCAACAAGAGCAACUUGAUCGGCAGUGGCCGCGGAGGCGCAGACAGGGGCGGGGCCUGUGCGAGGGCGUGGCCAGGACGCCUGGGUUCCAUGCCCUGCUGUGUGAGCCUGGGCUCUGUGGGGUGCUGCGGGCCCUGCCCUCGGGGCUGCGCCCAGCGGGGACACGCUGCCUUGGGCAGCAUUCCCAGCCGGGGCCAAAGAGACACGCUGAGGCCCUGAACCGUGGCUGUAGGGCUGGGGCCUGGACACCCUGCUGGCCUCCCGUGGCUGGAGAAACCACACAGGCCUUUCCCCCAUCUGUCCGCCCCACCUAAGCAGCCGCUCUCCCGGGCCAAGCGUCACUCAGUAAUCUCCUUUGCCGUAAUAAAUCUAAGCCGGGCCCUCUGUGAGCAGAGCCAGCCCCGUCACACAAGAGGCAGGAGCAGAAAUCCAGGCAGCCCCAUUCUAGUGGAAACCUCAAGACCUGUGGUCAGUGGCAGAAGAUGCUGGUGUCUCCCAUGGCAGAGAGGAAUAAGGAGCUGAUCCUGGAGGUGCUGGCUGACUCCGUGGAUAAUACAAGCCAAGCCUUUGGGCUGGAGCUGGCCUCUGGGACUGGGCAACAUGUGGUGCAUUUUGCCCAAGCCCUGCCUAAUGUCACCUGGCAGCCUUCAGAAGUCAGCCCCUCUGCCCAUGAGAGCAUCUCUGACUACAUCAGAGCCACCAAGGUGCAGAACGUGAAGACGCCGCUGGCCAUUGAUGUUUCUCAGCCCUGGGACCAGUGGGCAGGCUUGAGCCAGGGCUGCUGCAAUGUCAUCAUCAUCCUCAAUCUGCUGCACUUCCUUGCCCAAGGCCUGGAGGGACUAUUCCAGGGCAUGGGCCAGCUGCUGAAGCCUGGGGGAGUGUGCCUGAUCUAUGGGCCUUUUGCCAUCAAUGGGAUCAUCAGCCCUGAAUGCAAUGUGGAGCUGGAGGAGAAGCUCCAGGAGAGGAAUCCAGGCUGGGGGCUGCGGGAUGUGGAGGAGCUGCGGCAGCUGGCCACCCCCAACGCACUGCCCCUCGAGCGUAUGGUAGGCACAAAUCUAACUGACCUUCUGAUCCAGAAGAAGAUCACGAUUCGGGAGCUGGGGGGCUGCAUGGGCCCUAUCUGGCCUAGUUACUAUGGAGACUGCAGCUCUGUCCUGUUCAUGAUUGAUGCGGCUAACCCCACCCAGAUCUCUUCAUCCUGCGUCCAGCUCCUGUCACUUCUCUCCGCAGAGCAGCUUGCCUCGGCAUCCGUCCUGAUCCUGUUCAAUAAGAUUGACCUGCCCUGCUACAUGUCCCUGGUGGAGAUGAAAUCGCUGUUCCGGAUUCAAGAUAUCAUUACCUGUGCUAACCAGCCCAUCACUGUGGUGGAGACCAGCGCCCGUGACGGCACGGGGCUGUCCGACGUGCUGCAAUGGCUUCGUUCCACUCUCAAGGAUCCCAGAUGAAUUUGCUGUGUCCAGCUUUGGUGUUUCCUGCCAGCUGAUGGGAGCUGACUCUGACUCCAGGCAGCUCACACCUACUCUGUCACCAAGACUAGGAUCCAGGAGCAGGAGAGGUAGCUGAGCAGCAGUCUCAUCAGCCCUCCACCUGGGAAUGAGAGCAGGGGGGCAGCAGCAAGACAGUGUGUGCUCCCAGCAGGUUGGUGGUAGCAAUGGAGCUGCCCCAGACUUUUGGUACCUUGAAUUGCAAAGUAAACUGUGAAUUCAGGACUUUCUCUCAUUCAUUCCAGACUGCGAGUCAGCCUGCUUGCCCCCUGGGGCAGGAGGAACGUACUGCUGGGGGGCUGGGAUGUGCAGAGACCACAGCCUCAUGUUUACUAGAGUACAUUUGUCCUGUGACUCCCCUGUCCUUGGCAGCCUUGCUGAUGGAGCGCCCCACCCCACCUUUUCCUGCUUUGACUGCUGGCCCUAUGCUGCUUCUAGGCUAGGAGGUAAUAGGCCUGCCCACUGGAGCCCAUCUGCAGGCAGGAGCUCUGUGGAGGGGUUUGUUAGUGAUUCAACAUUGCUAUCAGUUUAUUAAAGAGCAGAGUGUAGUUCC